AAGUCCUUGUUAGUCACAAUUAUAGAAAUUGUUAUCAAAAAAGUUAUGAAUUUUUUGCGAACAAUUCGAAAUCACUGGAAAAAGACGACCUUUUUAUCCUUUGCCAUAGCUUAUGGCGCUAAAUAUUCUAAAGACAAAUAUGAAAUAAGUAAAAUGAUGCGUGGUUAUUGUGAGGAAGCCUUAAAAUAUGGGGACACAAUAAUCGGUCCUAUAACACCACCUAAAAAGUUAUUGGUUUUGCUUAAUCCAGCUGCAGAUAAGCGUUCUGCAGAAAAAAAUUUUCAAAAUUAUUGUGAGCCAAUACUUCAUUUAGCUGGAUAUCUAGUUGAAAUAGUUCAAACCGAUUCAGUCGGUCAUGCAAGACGUUAUGUUGAAGAGGAAUUAAAGAAAUUACCUGACGCAAUUAUUGUAGCUGGUGGUGAUGGUACUAUAUCAGAAACAAUUACUGGAUUAUUAAGGAGGAAUGACAAGCAAUUAUGUCCAGUUGGUGUAUUGCCAUUAGGUAGAACAAACGAAGUCGUGUCAAAACUGUUUUAUGCCAAUCAAAACAAUUAUGUUGAAGAAAUCAAGUUAUUAGCCGAUACAGCUAUUGCAAUCAUACGCGGAAAAACGAAUAAACGAGAUGUUAUUAAAAUACAACCUCUCGAAGAAGAAGUUAUAGAAAAUUCACCCUCAAUAGAAAAUCCUAAACCUAUUUAUGCUAUGGGCUCGCUGCAGUGGGGAGCAUUUCGUGAUGUAAUAAAUUUAAGAGAUCGUUAUUGGUAUGUCGGACCCUUACGAGAAUAUGCUGCUCCACUUUUUAAUGCUUUUGGAGAUAAAUUAACAUGGGAAUGUAAAGCAAAGUUAUUGUAUUCGCCACCAUGUUCCGGCUGUAGUAAUUGUCGAAACAAAAAUGAGGAAAUAAACAAACACAAACGAUGGUGGUCUGCUUUCGUUCCACGUUUUAAAUUAGGUCAUCAAACAGGAGAAAUAGAUUAUUCGAAAAUAAUUAACAUGGAAUGCAGUCAACAAUUUGAACUGGACAUUAAUCCAACUGAGCUUAUUCUGGAGCCAGAUCUUGAGGAUACCGUGUUAUCAAAAUUAACACUAAAAAUUAAGGAUGAAAUAAGUUCAGGAUUUGACUUUAUAUCGGAGAGUUGGAAUAGGAUUAAAACAAAUGAAAAAGGUGAUAGAAAGCUAUUAGAAGGAAGAACGAUUACGUUAAUGCCCGAAUGUAAAGAUGAUAAAGAAAAAUUUUAUUAUAUAGAUAACGAACCUUUUGAAAUAAGGCCAAUUCAAAUUAGCAUUGUACCUAAAGCAAUAAAUAUGUUUGUUUUACAAUAAAAAAUUAAAAACCUUGGUUUAGCAUAAUA